CCACUUUGCUUCUCCAUUACAGCUGAAAGAGCAGGCAUCUUUGACUUUGAUUGGAGAUAAACAACUGAUGUUAAAGAAGUGACCUACUAGGGGGUUAUUGUUUUUUGGAAUUUAAAGGACUAAACUCUUUUGACUCUUUUCUUUUACUCACGCAUUGGCCAUGAAAUUUCAAAGAACUCAGCUGGUUGUUUUAAUUGUGUGACAUAUCUGAUCCAGAACAUAUUUUUGCCUGAGUAAAUAUACAGCUGUCCAGUCAAAAUGCAGAAGCAAGUGGAGGUCAGGAUGAGCGAGAGCCACAUAGACCCAAUCGUGGAGACUCCCGAGAAUCCAUGUAGUAAUAUCUGUGAAAAGAUAAUGAAGAACAUGGUUCUCACUCUCACAAUCCUCGGUGUGUUUCUUGGUUCUAUUGCUGGAAUGCUUCUGAGGCAUAUAUCCCCCCUCCCUCCUGACAUCAUAAUGAUCAUUGCCUUUCCCGGGGAGAUCCUAAUGAGGAUGUUAAAAAUGCUUAUUUUGCCUCUUGUUGUUUCCAGUUUGGUUACAGGACUUGCGGGUUUGGAUGCCAAAUCCAGUGGUCGCUUAGGCACGAGGGCCAUGGUUUACUACAUGUCCACCACAAUAAUUGCAGCAGUCUUAGGAGUAAUCUUGGUGUUGCUCAUCCAUCCAGGGAAUCCCAAAUUGAGAGCUAACCUUGGACAGGGAAAGAAGAAUGAUGAAGUAUCCAGCAUGGAUGCUUUCUUCGAUCUCAUUCGAAAUCUUUUCCCAGAAAAUCUGGUACAGGCCUGUUUCCAGCAGAUCCAGACAGUAACCACCAAAGUACCGGUGCCAACCAACAGGACCAGAGCACCUCCACAGUUCACAGUUAAGAGGUCGCUUCAGUUCAAGAGUGGGAUGAAUGUCCUAGGGCUGAUUGGAUUCUUUGUAGCAUUUGGAGUCAUCAUGGGGAAAAUGGGAGAGAAGGCCAAGCUGAUGUUGGAGUUUUUCAAUGUUCUAAAUGAAAUUGUUAUGAGGCUUGUGGGCGCAAUUAUGUGGUAUUCUCCUCUUGGUAUCGGCUGCCUUAUCUGUGGAAAGAUAAUCUCUAUUGCUGACUUGGAGGUGGUAGCCAGGCAGCUUGGGAUGUACAUGGUUACUGUGAUAGUGGGCCUUAUCAUCCAUGGAGGCAUUUUCCUGCCGUUAAUAUAUUUUGUGACAGUAAAACAAAAUCCCUUCACUUUCUUCAUGGGAAUAUUUCAAGCCUGGGUCACUGCGCUUGGAACAGCAUCCAGCGCCGGUACGUUGCCCGUCACAUUCCGAUGCUUAGAGGAAAACCUGGGCAUCGACAAGAGAGUCACACGCUUUGUCCUCCCUGUGGGGGCCACUAUUAACAUGGAUGGUACAGCACUCUAUGAGGCAGUGGCAGCCAUCUUCAUCGCUCAGAUGAAUGGCAUUGAGCUGGACUGGGGCCAAAUAGUCACUGUGAGCAUGACCGCCACCUUGGCCAGUGUUGGAGCUGCCAGUAUUCCCAGUGCAGGACUUGUGACCAUGCUUCUCAUUCUGACAGCAGUAGGACUCCCCACUCAGGACAUAAGCCUUCUAGUUGCAGUUGAUUGGCUGCUUGAUCGUUUUCGAACCUCCGUUAAUGUAGUUGGGGACUCCUACGGCGCUGGAAUUGUUUACCACCUUUCCAAAGAUGAACUUGAUAUGUAUGAUGCCCAACAGACCCGAAUGGAUGACUUGGAGAUGGCAAAGACACAGUCGUUCUUCGAAAACAACACCAACCAGAAUGUGUAUGCUCACCACAACUCAAUCCUGAUAGACAACGGCAAGGUCAAAAACGGCAGAAACGGCAACACUCCAGAGUUCUCUAUUGUUGAGGAGGAUCCCUGGAAUUUCAAGUAAUGCAGAUUCAGCAAUUUAGCCUGAGUUUGACCAGCUUUUAUCUUUUGAGGUCACAAAGUUAAUAAGAAAAAAAGAAAAGAAAAAAAACUUUUGUGCAAGGACACAAAGAGUGAGUGUACUGAGACUACACACACGGAAACUCUACUGCAAGAGCAAACUGUUGGCAAGUCGUGGAAAUCUCUUGCUCUUCUGGGUAACUGCUAGAGGACGCUGUGCUUUAGCACCUUAAACUUUGUCAUGCUUCCAGAAGUUAUGCAUACACAUAAACUGGACUGAAAUUGUGUGCUUGAAGCGAUUCAUCAAAGAGCUGGCUGACGUCUGUCAGGAUCUUACUGAGGGUUGCUACAUAAUUCCUGUACUGUCGAGAUUAAGCCUAAUGUUUUAUUUUGGAACAACUGAUUCUAUAAUGUUGUGUUUAAGGACUUGUCCCGUGACUUAACGUAUAAACACACAUAAAAAUUGGAAAUACUGACAUAAGAUUCAAAAUUAAAUAAGACAAAUGCUGCAGAAAUCCAUGCUUCAGUAAUUGUUUACCUUUCCAGACAUUUACAAUGCAUUGCUGUAUUGUACCAAAUAACUAAACGUGUUGUUUUGUCUAUUAGGAUGUU